CUCACUGGGCGUUAUUGGAGGAUUGAUGUGCUGCUGGUGCUGCUGGGAGGAGAAACCACCGACGAGCUGGUCAGAAUAAGGGUCUUUGAUUCUGCCCCAGACCCCCAGUUUCCAUGGAGGCAGCUUCGGCCCUCAGCCUCAAACGACGAUAUGACGAGGUGGACCACGGCUCUCCCUUCUCCACGCCGAAGGACUCUGACGAUGACAUCACCAGCAGCGACAGCGCCGACAGCUGCGACAGCCUCAACCCCCCCGCCAGCGCUGCCUUUACCCCGACCUCCAUCCUGCAGCACAAGCCGUCAUCGGGGGGGAAGCGGGUGCGUUUCGACGUGGUGACGGUGUACUACUUCCCCCGGCGGCAGGGCUUCACCAGCGUGCCCAGCCAGGGGGGCAGCUCGCUGGGCAUGGCCCGCCACCACUCCUCCAUCAGACACUUCACGCUGGGCGAGUUUGCACGUGAACAGGAAACCAGCCACAGGAACACGCUGCUGCAGCACCUGCGCCAGGAGAAGCUCAACGCCCGCAAGAUGAAGAUGACGAGGAACGGCACGGUGGAGUGCGCCCAGGCCGACCUGCUGACCCUGGAGGACGUGUCGGACGAGGACCUGGACGUGGACGCCGUGGAGGUGGACGACUGUUUCUUCCUCCAGCCGCUGCCCACAAAGCGCCGGCGGGUCCUCCUGCGAGCGUCUGGCAUCGCCCGCAUCGACGCCCGGGAGAAAACCGAGCUCCGAGCCAUCCGCCUCUCCAGGGAGGAGUGUGGCUGCGACUGCCGUCUGUACUGCGACCCCCGGAACUGCACCUGCAGCCAGGCCGGUAUCAAGUGCCAGGUGGAUCGGAUGUCGUUCCCGUGCGGCUGCUCUCGUGACGGCUGUGGAAACGCAGCCGGUCGCAUCGAGUUCAACCCGCUGCGUGUGAGAACCCACUACCUGCACACCCUCAUGAAGCUGGACCUGGAGAAGAGCAGCCUGCUCCUCCAGGGCGCCGGGGACCAUUACGCUGAAUCCGACCCACUGUCCUCCUCCGCCUCCACCUGCCCUACCUCCCCGGACCUGUCCUCCGAGCUGGAGGAGAGCGAGCUGCAGGCGGUGAGGCAGGUUCAGGAUCUCCUGGCGGAGGAGGACAUCCUGGAGCGGGAGAACGAGACGGCUGUGCUGCACCUGCAGAGCGCGGAGGAGCAGGAGAGGAGGCAGCGGGAGGAGCUGGGUCCCGGAGGUCUCUCACAGCCUCUCUGCCUCUUGCCUGGUGCUCUGGGGGGGGAGCUGACGGAGCAGGCGGGGGUGCCGGGUGUGGAGCAGGUCCUCCUCCAGGGGCCGUUCCCCACAGGGGCCACGGUGUUGUGCAUCUCCGACCACCAGGAGGAGAACCCCUCCGAGCUCCUCAGAGACUCCACCUCUCUGCUCUACUAUCAACUCAGUGCCAUCGAGCCCGGAGCCUUCGAGACGCUGCCCAGGGGGGAGGAGCCAGAGCAGGAGGGGCGCUCGGUGAAAGAACAACAUGCGGGAGGAGACGGAGGUGUGAAGGGGAAACACGGAGGUGGAGAGGAGUCCAAGGAGGAUUCGCCUGAACAAAUCUUCCGCAGGCCAAGUUUGGGGAAGUGUCUGAGCGACGUGAUGCUUUCCUCAGAGCAACGUGAGACAGCGGAGGGGGAGGAGCCAUCGAGUCGUCAGCGCUGCCCCCCCGAGGAGCUGAGCCGAGGGGCCUCCUGCUCCGAGGGAGAGCUGGAUCCUCUUCCUCCUGAAGUCUAACUCCAGCUUCUCCGCAGAGAUUUGCACAAUAGCUUCAUCAAAGAUGAAUAAAUUACAUAUUUAAACAUUUAUUACAGCUAUCAUCGAGAGUGAUCACAGGAUUCAA